ACAAAAGAAAAGAAGCCUUUGCAAAACCAUUAAAGUUUUUAAAGUGGCAUAUUAAAAAAAAGAAGUUAAACAAAAAAAUAAACAAAGAAAAAUAUUUUUUUAAGAGAAAAAAUAAAGUUUAUUUAAAGCCAAUAAUAAAAUGAAGGCUAUAAUCCAAAUGUGCAUUUUUGCAAGCCUUAUGGCUAUAAAUCAAUGCUUGGUGGUUCCCCAUAUGAUGGAAGAAGAAGCACAAAAAAUGCAAGACGUCAACACCCUCUGCUCGGGCCGUUUUAAUGGUACAACAUUUGCCAACUCUCAGGAUUGUAAUAAAUUCUAUAUAUGCCUCAAUAAUCAAGCUGAAGUGUACAAUUGUGCCGAUGGCUAUCAUUUCGACAAACAUUCCCUGACCUGUGUAAGCGGAAAUGAUUGCGAUGACGAUGAAUUGACAAUACCACCCACCUGUUCGGAUGGCAGCAAAAGAGCUGUAAACGAUGAUUGUUUCAUUUUUGAAAUGUGUGUCAAUGGCCAAUACCAGAAGAUCAAUUGCCAUCCAGGUUUUUAUUUCAAUGCCCCAAAGACGACAUGCAAACCCAUUAAGUAUGACGCCGAUUACAAGUGCAAUUGUGUAAUGCCUGAUUAUAGCAUAAUGACCAACCGCGAUAAUUGUGAGACAUACUAUUCCUGCCAGGGCGGAAAGGCCGAUUUAAUACAGUGUCCCCGGGGCGAGUAUUACAAUUCCUCCAUAAACUCUUGCACCGUUGAUGUUUAUAACAUUUGCCUAAUGGAACCCACAAAAGCUCCUUUGAUAAAACAAGCCCCAUUAAUGCUGUUAGCCAAUGUGGAAGUUCCCAAAGUCAAAGCUGUAUGUGGCACACAAGCAUUGGGUAGCAAUGAAAUCUCUUUUCAUGCGCACAUCAAUGAUUGCAGCAAAUUCCUUGUGUGUACCAAUGGCCAGGCACAUGAACAGCAAUGCCCAAAGAAGUUCUAUUUUGAUGAAGCCAAGCAGUAUUGCAUAUUGGACACCGAGAAGAAAUGCAUAAGAGGGCAAACUGAAGCUUCUUACAAAUCGCCAUACCAUAACAAAAUCUUUACAAGAUUUUUGAAAUAUUAGUCUAAGAACUCUUAAAGCUUCUCAUUUCUCGUCGCCAAUGUACCUGCUGCUCGUCUGGCUACAUCACUGAUAGUUUUAUAUGCAUUUUGAAUAUUUAUUGUAUAGCAAUUAGUUUUAAGUGUACAUACUAAAUAAAUAA